AUGGCACCAGCCCAUUGCCCAUCGUGUGGAAAACAAUUCAGGGACCAUACCUCUGUCGCUCGCCAUAUGAGCCAACCUCGGUCUGGAUGCAACAACUGGCUAGAUGAUUUAAUUCGACUGAACUCCACCUUGCCGCUCACUGGACAUGAUCCCAUGGUGGUGGACAAUGUCAGCAACACUCAUGAACAAGGAGAGCCUGAGGAUGAGAGUUACUACGAUUUUGGGAGCCAAGGAGAGGAUUUGGACUCUGGAGGCGGAACGAGGAACGAGGACAGUGAGGCCAAAGUAACCGAUCACUUUCCGGAGCCCCCACUAGCUUUUGACGAGGGCUACACGUUUUUGCGCCUAUUUGAUGCUGACGAAAACAGCAUCUAUCGUAAAACGAAUCUUUACUAUCCGUUCAGUGGUCGAAGGGAAUGGCAACUAGCUGCAUGGAUUCUGCGUUCCGGCUUGAGUAUGGAGAAAAUCAAUUCUCUCCUUGCGCUAGAGAUGAUUGGUGAUCUACCUUUAUCCUUCCACUCAGCAAGAGAGCUACGAGGUCGAGCUGAAUCGCUGCCUAGCGGUCCACGUUGGAAGUCGCAAGUUAUUCCAACAUCACAUCCCACAAAGUCUCCGGCUGUUCUCUACUGGCGGGAUCCACUUGAAUGUAUCGCCACCAUAUUCAAUCAUCCUUUAUUCCAUAAUCGCAUCGACUAUGCGCCUCGCAAGGUUUACAGCACAGCGCAGAAGCUCUCUCGGAUAUAUACUGAAUGGAUGACAGGUGAUCAUGCCUGGGAGAUGCAGUCUGCGCUUCCCCGUGGCGCAACUCUCCUCGGUACUAUUCUAUCCUCAGACAAGACGUGCAUUACUGCAUUGUCAGGCGAUCGUGUUGCACAUCCUCUCCUUAUCAGCCUCGCCAACAUCCACAUGGCCACGCGGCUCAAAUCAUCCUCCAAUGCUUUCCUUCUCACCGCCCUACUGCCGGUCGCAAAAUUCAUUCACAAGAACAAACGAAUGAAAGGCAUGUUACAGGAUCGGCUCGUUCAUCACUGCUUGAACAUUGUACUACAACUGCUGAAGUUGGCUGCUCAAAGCGGCGUAAUGCUGUCAGAUCCCAUCGGUCGCAGUCGUUACUGCUUUACUACUCUCGAGCAACUGGAAAUCGUACGUUCACGCGCUCAUCCAGAUGAUCUCGAGGAGUUUUUCCGUGAAGCGCAGAAGUUUCGCCUAAAUGGCGUGGAUAAACCAUUCUGGUGGGACUGGCUGCUAGCGGAACCCUCCCGGUUUUUUACGCCUGAAUCACUGCACCAUAUUCACAAGAAGUUUUGGGACCAUGAUGCGCAGUGGAUUAUCCUCACAGUGGGAGGGUCCGAGAUAGAUUUCCGAUUUUCGAUCAUACAGCCCACUACUGGUUAUCGGCACUUUUACUCAGGCAUCUCAAAACUCAAGCAGGUUACGGGUCGUUGUCACCGAGAUGUGCAGCGAUCAAUCAUCGCAGUCAGUGCGGAUGCAGCACCUCCUGGUGUUAUUGUUGCUGUACGCGCACUCAUGCACUUCAAUUAUCUUGUGCAGUCACCGUGCAUUGAUGACAAGGAUCUCGGUCGCAUUGCAGCCGCACUAGACAAGUUCCAUGCGAACAAACAAUCGAUCAUCGCUGCUGGUGUCCGCCAAGGAAAAGGCGGUAAAACCAUCGACAACUGGCAGAUUCCCAAACUCGAGCUAAUGCAGAGUAUCGUCACCAGUAUCCACAACUCCGGUGUCAUAGCACAGUGGUCUGCAGAUGUCACUGAGCACGCGCACAUCACCGAGGUCAAAGACCCUGCGCGAUCCAGCAACAACAACAACUACGACCCGCAAAUUUGUCGUUAUCUUGAUCGCGCCGAUAAGUGCAAUCGAUUUGACCUCGCUACUAGCCUGUUAGAUCGCUGCGACGACCCGGGAGUUGUUGGGGAGGAAAGUGCUGAGGAGGAUGACGAGCUUGAUGAUGACGCAAACGGCUUUCCUGCAGAGCUACUCUCCUCAAGUCGAAGUCCCGGACAACCUCGUCCUAUCACAGAUUACUUUUCAAUCGCGAAAAUACUCCAAGCAAAGAAAGUUGGAUCGAUACCAUUCCCACUUCGUUCUUUUGUCGUCGGGCGCACUGCGCUUAAUCUUGCUUACCAUCCAUCUAUCAAGCAUGCUACUGUCGAUGAAAUCGCCAUUAUGUUCGGCCUACCUGACUUGCGACUGGCUAUCGCCGAUUUUCUUCACCGUGAGGCGACCUAUGGCAAUCAUAUCCACUCCAUAGGUGGUCCUAGAAGGGCUGCGCAUGGCGCUGAGCUACCAUUUGACAAAGUUCAAGUGUGGUUCAAAAUUCGUUUGCAGGAGACCGAGUUUCACGAUCCCCGUAACAUUCAACGCGCUCAAACGCUUAAUUGCGCACCACCUAGUGACCCUUGGACCUUAGGUCGUUACGAUCCAGUCAUUAUUCAGACCAGCUCUGGUCAUUCCUGGCCCGCCAGCAGCCUUUCAGGGCACUCCAUUGCGCAAAUCAGGCUUGUCAUUCGGCCUCUUGGCAGAAGCAGGACACGAUGGGCUUGGGACGAUCAAUACUUAACUUACGUCCAACGGUUCGAUAUCUCCAGCGAACACGAUCCAACCACUCAGUUGCAUACACUGAAAAGAGCGAAGCGCUCUAAUGGUACACGGAUGGGCGACAUCAUUCCAGUCUCUCAGCUUCGAGCGCCAGUCCAUCUUGUUCCACGUUUUGGUGCUACUGCAGACACGCGUCUCACGGCAUAUAAUAGCAUGGAGCACGCGAGGGAGUUUUGGUUGAACUACUUUUGGGACAAGCAUUCAUUUUUUGCAUUAUCCGAGUAGACUAAAACAUACAACAUGUACUUGGGAUUCCGUUGUAGAAUGUGACAUUUUUUUCUGAGGUACGAAAAUAAAGUUGGCCGCAGCGUCGUUGAUGUCGGCUCCCCUUAUCAGUGACAUGCCUGCGCUGGACAAACUCAUCGAUCUCGAGCUUAAUCAGUUACUAUCUUAGAAGAAGC